AAUGGGUGGCGUCCGGACCGAGAAGCGCCAGAAAAAACGGGUCUCCCCUGAGAGACUAGAGGAGGCACUGUACUCGGGAAAGUGAAGCAGCCAGGGGAGAAAGUGAAACAAUUGCCGGUGCUGGAGGUCGGCUGUAAAAACAACAUAACAACAGGAAAAAGUAGCGGGGAGGGUGGGAAAGGCAGGCGUCCUCACUGGGGGAUCUAAGGGAGAGAAGAGUGGACCCUGAAAAUGGGAGGCAGUCCACCCUAUAAAGUGUGUGUGUGUGUGCGCGCGCGUGUGCGCGCGGGCGCCCUAGAAGAGCCAGGCUGUGUUUGGGGUGGGGUGGAUGGAGGGUCUAGGGUGGAAAUGGCUGAGCGGCUCUUCCGUGGGGCAGUUUGUAGAAGGGGUCUACAACACGGUUAAGUGCAGGAGGUAGAGAUCUACAAGUGAAUAACGUCUGCCCUGGCAUAACUAGGGGAGGUUCUCUAACUUGGAAGUGGGGUUAACUGCAUUGGGUGAUGUGGGGGAGGGGAAAGGAGUAAAGGGUUUACGGCGGAAGAGGAAGGGAUCUACACUGGCGGAAUUGGGGAGGUAGGGGGCCUGCACAGAAGAAGGUGGGGAAAGAAGAGGGGACCGUCCCCGCCCAUGAACUGCCCUCUAAGCGCAGGCCGGACCAUGGGAACCCCAAAGCCGCGGAUCCUGCCCUGGCUUGUGUCGCAGCUGGACCUGGGGCAGCUGGAGGGGGUGGCCUGGCUGGACGAGAGCCGCACACGCUUCCGCAUCCCUUGGAAGCACGGCUUGCGGCAGGAUGCCCAGCAAGAAGACUUCGGCAUCUUCCAGGCGUGGGCCGAGGCCAGCGGUGCCUACACUCCCGGAAAGGAUAAACCUGAUCUGCCCACCUGGAAGAGGAAUUUCCGAUCCGCCCUGAACCGGAAGGAGGGGCUGCGUUUAGCCGAGGAUAGGAGCAAGGACCCCCACGACCCGCACAAGGUCUAUGAGUUUGUGAUCUCAGGAGCUGGGAACUGUCCUGAGUCGGACACAUCACUGGGGACCAAUGGUGGAUGCAGUACCUUGGCUACCCAGGAAGACAUACUAGAGGAGUUACUGAAUGACAUGGCCUUGGCCCCAUUCCCAGAUGGGGGGCCCUCCAGCCUGGCUGUGGUCCCUGAACAGACCCCUCCGUUCUUGCUGAGCCCCACUGUAGACAUCCCUCCUCCCUUCCCAAACUCAGAGCCCCCGGAAAACCCACUGAGGCAGCUCUUGGUGCCUGAGGAAGAGUGGGAGUUCGAGGUGACUGCCUUCUACCGGGGCCGCCAAGUCUUCCAGCAGACUGUCUUCUGCCCGAGGGGCCUGCGGCUGGUGGCAUCAGAAGCAGGGGACGGGACGCUGCCUGGACAGCCAAUCAUAUUGCCAGACCCUGGGGUAUGGCUGACGGACAAGGGUGUGUUGGGCUACGUGAGGCGUGUGCUGAGCAGCCUGGGCGGGGGACUAGCUCUGUGCAGGGCAGGACAGCGGCUCUGGGCCCGGAGGCUGGGCCACUGCCACACGUACUGGGCCUUGGGCGAGGAGCUCCUCCCUGACAGCAGUCACGGGCCCAGUGGUGAGGUCCCCAAGGAUGAGGAAGGACACGUGUUCGACCUACGGCCUUUCGUGUCAGAUCUGAUUGCCUUCCUCGAAGGAAGCGGACACUCACCACGCUACACCCUCUGGUUCUGCAUGGGGGAGCCAUGGCCCCAGGACCAGCUGUGGACCAAGAAGCUCGUGAUGGUCAAGGUGCUGCAGUCCCGGGCUUCUGGAGCUAAGGGGUGGAUCUUAAGGAAGGGAGGAGGAACUACAACUCCCAGAAGCCCUCUGAGGAACUACAACUUCCAAGAGUCUCUGCAACCACCAGUUCCUCAUCCUCAGGAGCUUCUGGGUGUCCCUCUCCUGGCCUCACCCCCAGAACCUGUUUUGAACUCUGAAAACCAUGUGGAAGUCGGUCCUAGCAGCCUCUGUGAGGAACUACGGUGCCUCUGAGUCCUGACCACAAGCUGUCCCGCCCUAGCUUCUGGGAACCCCUCCAGCAUUUCAGCCCUAGGAAACUUCUCAGACCACUGGUGGUUGUGGUUAUGGGGGGGGGGGG